UGUGAAUAUCGUUAAGAUUAGGCGGGGAUACGAGAAGAGAACAAAGUUGAUGAAAAAGGAUAGAAUGAACGAUAGAGGUCGGACCUUUCCGGUGGAUCCGAAUCUGCCACGAUGGGUCUGCCAGGACUGCCACAACCCCCUCUGCAUCAUCGGAGUCGAAUCCUAUGCCGACAAGUUUUUGAACGACUCUUCUCGCUCUGGAGUGCAGACCUCCUCGAUUCAUGGUGCCACUGCCAACGGUGUGUUAGCUUCCACACGUAUGGAUAAUUCUUUUGUUGUGUUGCCGAAGCAAAGACCUCCAGCACAGGGGCACUCAUCAUGUCCUCACGGUGGAGCUGCUCCGCAUAGGACAGAUCAGCAGUCUGGAAAGACCAUGGAAGAAUCCUUUGUGGUUGUGUACAAGUCCGAGUCUGUAUGUGAUGGGGGUGGAACCCAGUUAUCAUUACCUCAAGGAGGGCAUAGCAGUCAUAUGCAGCCAAACAACACUGGCUUUCACUCAACUAUGACUGUUCUAAAACGUGCUUUCGAGAUUGCGACAACCCAGACACAGGUUGAGCAACCUUUAUGCCUCAAAUGCAUGCGGGUUUUGUCUGAUAAACUUGAAAAGGAGGUUGAAGAUUUGAAUAGGGACAAUGAAGCAUAUGAAGCUUGUCUUCAGCUCUUGGAAUUGGAGGCACGAGAUGCUCUUAGCGAUGCUGAUUUUCUCAAAGCGAAAUUAAAGACCGAGGAGGAUGAAAGGAAACUUGAAGUAGAAAUCCAAGAAAUACUGAAACAAAAGGCAGAAGUUGACGCUGAAUCAAAAGAACUGGAGUUGAAAGCUAGCCGCUUUAAAGAAUUGGAGGAGCGCAGGUAUUGGCAGGAAUUCAAUAAUUUUCAAUUUCAAUUGAUUUCACAUCAGGAAGAAAGAGAUGCAAUUUCAGCCAAGAUAGAAGUUUCACAAGCUCAUUUUUCAGUUUUGAAGCGAACUAGUGUACUCAAUGAUGCCUUCCCAAUUUAUCAUGAUGGAGAAUUUGGGACGAUAAACAAUUUUCGACUUAGUCAUCUUCCUAAAGUUCCUGUUGAAUGGGAUGAGAUAAAUGCUGCAUGGGGCCAAGCUUGCCUUCUCCUACAUACCAUGUGCCAAUAUUUACGGCCAAAGUUUCAAUAUCGAAUAAAAAUACUUCCCAUGGGGAGUUACCCUCGGAUUAUGGAUACCAACAACAAUACGUAUGAGCUGUUUGGUCCUGUGAACUUGUUUUGGAGUACUCGUUAUGACAAAGCAAUGUCAUUAUUCUUGACAUGCCUAAAGGACUUUGCGGAGUUCGCAUAUUCUAAAGAUCAUGAAAACAACAUUCCGCCUGAUAAAUGUUUUAGACUUCCGUACAAGAUUGAAAAUGACAGAGUGGUAUGCAGCAGGAGUGAAAGUGACAAACUGGAGAGCCAUUCGAUUACCCAGAGCUUCAAUAAACAGGAAAAUUGGACCAGAGCUCUCAAACACACACUCUGCAAUUUGAAAUGGGCUCUCUACUGGUUUAUUGGAAAUAGAAAUUUCCAGCCUCUUUCUGCAUUGGUGUCCUCACAUGCUGAAGUUGCGGCUGUAGGCUCUUUAUCUACAAAACGCGGUGCUGAUUCCAAGUCUGUAGUGCGAUGCACUUGAAAAUGAUGAAACGGUGAAAUUCUGGAUAGAGUGCAAUCUGUGACAUAGCAAAAUGUAAAUACAAAUCGAAUCCCACUAUCAGAUCACAUCAUUAUCUGUAGUGCACAUUGUAAAUGCACUAUAUAUAUUAAUGCAUUAGAUAAAGCUGAUUUUACGUCA